CCCGCAGCUGCGUCGCUGCCGACAGCGCUGCCGCUGCCACUCGCCUUCGCACUUUUCGUUCUGCCGGCAGACGCGUUCUUCCGUACAGUUAAUUUCGAGCCACACAAGCGCAAGCCAAUAAUACCUAGUGUAACACUUGUUAAAUAGUUUCAACAAAACACAAAUAACAUGGCCGAUAAACCAAAACGUCCUCUCUCCGCCUACAUGCUGUGGCUCAACAGUGCCCGCGAGUCGAUCAAGAGGGAGAAUCCCGGCAUCAAGGUUACCGAGGUGGCUAAGCGCGGUGGCGAAUUAUGGAGGGCAAUGAAGGACAAGUCGGAGUGGGAGGCCAAGGCUGCCAAGGCCAAGGACGACUACGAUCGGGCUGUCAAGGAGUUCGAGGCCAAUGGCGGUGGUGGCGGUGCUGCCAACGGUGGAGCCAAGAAGCGCGCGAAACCAGCGAAAAAACCAUCCAAGAAGAGCAAGAAGGAUGAGUCCGAUGAGGACGACGAUGAUGAGAGCGAGUAGACUGCUCAUACUUACCCCUUAUUCAUCACCAAGUCACACACACAACAAUCCAGAACCAGAACCCACAAGAAUACAAAACACUGGUGGCAACACCACAUCUCCCGCAUUUGCAUCCAUAAAAGUCCCUCUAAUAUAGAAUGCCAAGCCCGAUCUAUCAUCAACAAACGAGAUCUGUUGAGGUUGCAACUAAAAUCACACACCACACACACGAGAGAAGAACAAAAAUACGUGAAAAUAAGCAAAAUUGUAUUUAUACAUAUGAAUUUAAGUUUAUAGUAGAGUCGUUUCUCUUAUAAUAAUACCCCAAAAUACAAAGAAGAAAGGACAACCAACAGGAAAGGAGAAGAAUGUAAGAAGGAAGUACGUUGAGGUGUUUUUUGUUCAGUUUCUGUUUCGUUUCGUUGGAAAAAACGAUUGCGUUUCAGGGAUUGAAGAGAAAAUCGACCUUGCAUAUAAAUUUGUAAAGUAAACGAUAAAAUAAUUCCAUUAAAAAUAAAAAAGAUACAAAAAUGGCAA